AUGACCGAUCUUCCGUCUAACAAAGUUGUCGGUAACUUCAAAAUCGGGCCCGAAAUUGGUAGGGGAUCUUUCGCCAAUGUCUAUAAGGGUUACGACCGAAGGACUAAUCAACCUGUUGCUGUCAAAAGUGUCUUCAGAAACAGACUCAAAAACCAGAAACUUAUUGAUAAUUUGGAAGUUGAGAUAUCAAUUCUAAAAAACCUCAAGAACCCACAUAUUGUUGCCUUGCUGGAAUGUGUACGAACAGAUCAGUAUUUCCAUUUGUUCAUGGAAUAUUGUUCUCUCGGUGACCUUUCAUACUUCAUUAAACAAAGAGACCAAUUGGCCGAACGCCAUCCUUUGGUUAGAUCCAUUCUCCAAAGAUAUCCGUCUCCUCCGAAUAGUCAUGGUAUGAAUGAAGUGUUGGUUAUUAAUUUCAUCAAGCAGCUGGCUUCUGCUUUGAAAUUUCUAAGAUCCCAGAACUUGGUUCAUCGAGAUAUCAAACCUCAGAAUUUAUUACUAUGUCCUCCCACACACUCUAAAGAACAAUUUGAGACAAAGGGAUAUGCAGGACUAUGGGAGCUUCCAAUUUUGAAGAUUGCAGAUUUCGGAUUCGCCAGGUUUUUACCUUCAACGUCUAUGGCUGAAACUCUAUGUGGAUCUCCUCUCUACAUGGCACCCGAGAUUUUAAGAUACGAAAAGUACAAUGCUAAAGCGGAUUUGUGGUCAGUUGGAGCCGUCAUAUACGAGAUGGCUGUAGGUAAGCCUCCCUUCCGGGCUGCUAAUCAUGUGGAGUUGUUAAAGAAAAUUGAAAACGCAAAAGAUCAGAUCUCUUUCCCCGCAUCCGCCCAAGUUCCUCAAGAAAUUAUGCGUUUAAUCUGCAGUUUGCUCAAAGCAGAUCCGACAGAAAGAAUGGGAUUCGCUGAAUUUUUUGACGAUCCAUUGGUUGUCUGUGAAGUUAAGCGUACCGAUGAACCACUUACUUGUGCUCUAGACGAUGAACACCUUUUCAUCAGUGAGUAUCUUCCUAAAAAAAGCGUUACCAAAAAAAAUAUUAUCACCACGGCGGUUCCAGAAACUAUUAAGGAAGAGCCUGUAGCUACAACCAAGGUAGCUAUACAUCCUUCCUCGCCAACAGCAAAAGAUGAUAUUAUUAAAAGCAUUAUUACUAAGAGUAGUCCUCCACCCAAAAAUAUCAAGGCUGGGUUAAAGAUGAAUGGGAAAGCUGGCUUCUCCAAUAGCAGACGGCAGGCCUCCGAUAACGACGAUGUGAUUUACGAAAAAGAUUAUGUUGUUGUUGAAAAACGCACCGUUGAAGUGAAUGCUCUGGCCGAUGAAUUAAACGAAGCAGGGUCGGGUGUUACUGCCAUUUCUCCAAAUGAUGAUAAGUAUUUAUCUUCUGCUCAUCGAUACUCUUCUUCCAGCAGAUCGUCCUCAAAUGCUUCAUCCCACAGAAAGCCCAGUUUCAGCGACAGAAAGACCCCAUUAUCAAUAAGUCCCACAAAUGCGCUCUCCAAGGCUUUGGGGUAUACUUCCAGUAGACUAUUCGGAUCUGAUCAUCAAGCUGUCCCUCGCAGGCGAUCAUCACAGGAACCACAAAGCUCUGAGCAGCAACAGCAAAGGGCCGUUUCAGCAGCUAGGAUAUUUGAAGAGAAGAUGUUAAAUCCAUCAGGGGGUAGCUUGGGCAAGCAGCAGCAACCGCCUUUGCGUCCUAUACAUUCGACUGGGGGUAAGGUCGAAGAUAGUGAUGUUAUAUCUCGGUUAGAAGUGCUCGGAACUAUGGCUCAUGCAGUAAGUUUGUUCGCGGAGGUGAAAUUUAGUCAGUUGAUACCAAUGCCUCCUUCAACGGGUUCAUUAGAUCGUGUUUCACCUAAAUCUUCUGUGAAUAAUGUGGAUAUAGAUCCUCUACCUCCUUUCAUGGUGAAGUCAAUCAGUGAGGAAGGUGUUGCUUUGUAUGUGAAGACAUUGUCCCUGCUAGCGCAAGCAAUGUCUGUCGCAUCAGAAUGGUGGCAUCAAAAUGCUGUCAGACUGACUGCAUCUCCUCGCUUGAAUGAGUUGGUGCAAUGGAUCAGAUUACGGUUUAAUGAGUCUCUUGAGAAGGCUGAAUUUCUUCGCUUGAAAUUAGCAUAUGCCUCGGAGCGGAUAUCCGUGGAUGAUCCUCGUCAAAAAGAUUCGGUUGUCGCAGAAAAGCUCAUAUUUGAUCGUGCUUUGGAGAUGUCAAGAAGUGCUGCAAUGAAUGAAUUGAAGAAUCAAGAUUUUUAUGGCUGUGAAUUGAGUUAUGCCACUGCCAUUUGGAUGUUGGAGGCGCUUCUCAACAAUAAGGAGAACUUAAGUUCUAGUAAAUCGCUUGAGAAGUUGGACUCCGAAGAUCGCAAGACAGUGGAACUGUUUAUUGAUAGUAUUGGCAACAGGUUGAAGGUGUUGAGGCAGAAGAUUGAGCUACAAAACGCCAAAGGUUGA